UGGAGGCUCUGGUUGCAAAUUACUGCCAUCUAGUGAAAGAAGGAGGAACUUUGCCAAUAUGGUAAAAUGACCCCAUGGCCCGGAAGCCGUACAUUGAUCAUUGAUAAUUUAUAUGGCGUGGUUCCCGCCGUAGUCUUCUAUUUACUACCAGAAAGACGAGUAAACCGGACGGAAUGGAGAACGAUCCGUGUUUACCGGGAUCCAAAGACAAACCCAACGGCAUCCUGAUUAUAACAGAACCGGACUCUGAGGGAGUCUGUCCAUACCCGGUCCUUCGGAGGCUCUCAGUCCGACUGACAGACUGCAGCUCCAGGCUGGGCGCACAGGACAGCAAAUAUCUCCGAGACCGCCUGGACAGGCUGAAGACGAGGAAGGGGCGCGGGAUGUCAAACAUUGGCCGGAAGAUGAUCUACUGCUCCAUGUGCAGGAAGGGCUUCUACAAGCAGGCCCACAUGGAGGCCCAUCGCCGGGUCCACUGCGGCCUCCCGCCCAAUCAGUGCUGGCAGUGCGGCAAGACCUACCCCACCCUACAAAGCCUGGUGCUGCACCAGCAGACCCACGGCCGCAAGGAGCAGUACCGGUGCUCCCACUGCGACAAGAGCUUUGUCCUCAAGCGAGACUGGAAGGCCCACCACCGCACCCACUCCGGCACCAUGCCCUUCAAGUGCUGGUUCUGCCAGGACGGCUUCGGCCACCAGGAGGCGCUGGACCAGCACCUGGACUCGCACAAAGACGAGGAAUGCUACCGCUGCAAGGUUUGUGACAAGCGGUUCAUCUCCUACCAGGGCUUGAACGCCCACUGCCAGUCACACCAGAGGAGGCGGCUGCUGUCGUGCGCCCAGUGCGACAAAGCCUUCAGCAAUCCACAGAGCCUGAAGGUCCACCAGGUGACGCACUCCAGCCAGAAGCCGCACGUGUGUCCGGUGUGUGGGAAGGACUUCAAGCUGCCGGGGGGCCUGCAGUCCCACCUGCUGACCCACGGGGAGGAACGGGCCUAUCGUUGCUCCUGGUGCGACAAGCGGUUCAAGCGGCUGCAGGGCCUCCAGCUGCACCACCUCGUGCACCUGGGCAUCAAGCGCUUUGAGUGCGCCGAGUGCGGCAAGCGCUUCACGCAGCAGUCGCACCUGACGGCCCACCGGACCACGCACACGGGGGAGCGGCCGUUCCUCUGCACGGCGUGCGGCAAGCGCUUCACGCAGUCCUCCCACAUGCGCUCGCACACCAGGCUCUUCCACUGCGACGACAAGCCCUUUGCGUGCGACGACUGCGGCAAGAGCUUCGCCAUCGCCCACUACCUGAAGAUGCACCGUCUGAGUCACACCAAGGAGAAGCUGUACAGCUGCUCCUACUGCAACAAGGCCUUCUCCUACCGCAACUCGUGGAAGGCGCACGAGAGGACCCACACUGGGGAGAAGCCCUUCCAGUGCGGCGAGUGCGGGGAGAGGUUCGUGACGUCGGCUGGCCUGCAGUGCCACCGGCGGUCGCGGCACACGCGAGAGAAGAGCCACUACUGCGCCACCUGCGGCCGGUUCUUCAUGACCGGCUCGCAGCUCCGCCUGCAUGAGCUCAGCCACAGCAAGGAGCGGCCGCACGCCUGCCGCUGCGGCAAGGGCUUCAAGACCAAAGGGGUGCUGAAGAAACACGUCAAGACCUACCCCGACCACCAGGACCUCUGAAGGGUCCGGUCACGCUCACUCAACCCUGGGAGGAUCAUGCAGGUUCAUGGACUCGGAUCAUCAAGACCGUGUGUGUGUGUGUGUGUGUGUGUGUGUGUGUGUGUGUGUGUGUGUGUGUGUGUGUGUGUGUGUGUGUGUGUGUGUGUGUGUGUGUGUGUGUGUGUGUGUGUGUGUGUGUGUGUGUGUGUGUGUGUGUGUGUGUGAGCCUUUGGAAGAUGCACCAAAGGAAAUAUGGAGGUGGGAUCACUUAAAAUGUGUUGACCUCAGGUGUGCAGUACUAUAAACACUUUAUUUAUUUUUGUCUGAACGAAUGUGUGUAAAUUCAAUGUUUGAGUUUAACAUUUGUUGGCUGUUAAUGCCAAAUAAAAAUCAAUAAUUAAAGGGCCCUAUUUUAACAUCAGGCUGGUCCUUGGUGUUGGACCAAGGAAGGCCUUAUUAGUUGGUUGUGUUUGUUGGCAUGUUUAGAAGGGGCUGUAUGUGGGACUAAUGUGGACUAUGAAGGUGUUUAUUUUGGUACAUUUUUGUGGAUCAAUAAGUAUUAUUUUUUUAAAAAAUGAACAGCCGGGAUCUGUUGCUAUAACUUUAUUUUUUGCGAAUGGUUCAUAUUGGUGUGAAGAUAUGUAUAGUUGCAACGGUGAUGCAUUAUCUCACAAUAAAAACUGGUACUCAUUCUCCUGAAAGUCAA